AUGCUGGCCAAGUCUUACACCCCAGCCUCAGACAGUGCCAGCGCCAUCACCAAGAGAUCCCUGUACUUCAUCCAGUCCAUGCGCCAGAGGGAUCAUCCCCUCCACCUGGGCUCGGUGGUGGCGAGGACCUUCGAGAAGAGUGCUUCUGAGCUGAAGAAACUUCACUGCACUCCCCUCAUCACCCGCCUGGCAGACCACUUCCAGAUAUCCCUGCAGGGGUGCACAGAGCAGGGAGAGACCACUCCCUUUAGCCGGUUUACGAUCAACAAAAUGCAACUUCUUCGGGAAGAGCGAGGUGUCAUGUGGAUCGAGGUGUUUCCUCAACCUCAGAUCCCAGAGGAGGUCCAGCCGGAGGUUCCAGAGGGUGCAGCUGAUGAGGAGGUCCAGCCCGAGGACGUGGAUGAUACUGCUGCCGCCCGCCCCACCACCUUCGAGUACGGGGGUGGCAGUUCCAGCGUCCCCGGCCAGGACUACUUCUCGCAGCAGCUCGAGUCAGAUGCAGUUUCAGCAGCAGUACUCAGCUCACCAUGUUGA